AUGGAAAUUUCUGAAGUCAUUGAGAAUCAAUCAUCAGAAAUCAUACAAAUUGAUCUUAACAAAUCGAUUUGUGAAUCUGAAUCAAGUGCAAAUUUACACAUUCAUAAUGAAGAUCAUGAAGAUGAAGAAGUGAGAGAGGUUGAAGAUGACCUAGUUUUGAUUUCUGCAAUCACAGAAGGUUUCAGUGUAAGGAAAGCAAAACAAGUACGAAAAGUUGGAACUACACAGGUUACAACAAAACUGUUUCUGUGUUCAGCAGCUGGAAAAAGAAACACUGUGUUGAAAAAAGACCAAAAACAGGAGAAAGAUGAACUUGAAAGUCUACUAACAGAGGAAACAAAACUGAAUGAUGGAGGUCAUUAUGAGAUAAUACAACAUGUUAUGGCACACAACCACCCCCUGACAAGACAACAAUGGAACCAUUUACACCGCUCAGAACGUGCAAUGACAGUACCUAAGGAGCAAGCAAUAGAGACUAUGCACGAAUUAGGUUUUCGACCUAGUGAGUCCUUUCGAUACAUGUCAAACGAAGCUGGUGGAGAAGAUGAUGAGGAGAUUCUCAAGUUGUAUAUGACAAACUGCGCGCAAGAUGCUUAUUAUGAAGAUCCUAAUUUCUUUUUCAGAAUAAGGUUGGAUAAGGAAGAAAGGGUUUGUAAUUUAUUUUGGAGGGAUUCGAUGAUGCUAGAAGAUUACAAAAUUUAUGGUGAUGUUACUAUCUUUGACACUACUUACAGAACAAACCGUUACAACCUCAUCUGUGCACCGUUUGUGGGGAUUAAUAACCACUGGAAAAAUACUAUGUUUGCGUGUGCAUUCUUAGGAGAUGAGAAAACAGAAUCCUUUGUGUGGCUGUUUGAGACUUUCAAAAAAGCUAUGCGUGACAAAAGUCCAAUCAUACUCUUUACUGACCAAGAUGCAGCUAUGGCUAGAGCAAUAAAGAAGGUAUUUCCAACCACAAGGCAUAGACUUUGCCUGUGGCAUUUGAUGCAGAAUGCAGUAACACGAUUUGGAGUCCUGAAGAGUGAUGCAACAUUCAAAGUCGCUUUCAACAAAUGCUUGAGUGGUUGUCUGAAUGAAGCUGAGUUUAACGCAUGUUGGGAAGCAAUGGUCACAAAGUACAAACUAAAGGAACACAAAUGGUUCAUCAGAAUAUAUAAAUUAAGACAUGAGUGGGCAACGACUCUGAGUAAGGACUUCUUCUCUGCUGGGAUUUUGUCAUCACAAAGGAGUGAGAGUACGAAUAAUGCUGUGGGUUUCAGAGCUACUAAGAAGACUAGUUUGACCGAGUUCUAUCACAUAUUUCAAGAAACGAUAAAGAGAUGGAGAAGGACAGAAGAUAUUGAUGAAUUCAACACCACCAAAUCUAUUCCGACUUCACACAAUCCAAUGACUUCGUUAUUGAAACAUGCUGCUCAAGUCUACACACAUACACUUUUCAGGGAUUUUGAAGAAGAAUUUAAUCUUGCUGUUGCAUCUCAAGUACAACUCAUUCACACAAAUGGACCGAAAAUGAUUUAUCGAGUUUACCUUGAAGAUAGAGCUGGCUCCGCACAAUCUGUGAUGUAUGAUCCGCCAAAUGAUAUCAUUAUUUGUCCCUGCAAGAAUUUUGAGGAGUUAGGUUGGUUGUGCUUUCAUUGUAUUCGUGUUCUGCAUCUACAUUCUAUUCAAAAAACCCCAGAGAAGUACAUCUCCUUUAGAUGGACAAAGUUCGCAAAGGUUGAGGUGUGGAACAAGCAUGAGGCACAGCUAAAAGCUAAAGGAUUAUUGAACAGUUUCACCCCCUGGCGCUUACACAUGCUGAGAAAAUACUACAGUCUGAUCCUUAAGAGCCAUACAAUAGAAGAGGCUAGAAAAAUACUUGAAGAAAUCUUCAAGAAAGAUUCAGAAGCUAUUCAAACAAUUGUUACAGCUGCAAGCAACAAUGAACAGAACACAACAAAUACGACAACUGAGAAUGAGAAUUCUGUGCAAGUUUUGGACCCGGCUCAUGCCAACACUAAAGAAAAGUCAAAAAAGAGGAUUCUAGGGAGUUAUAUAACAAGGGGAAAAGGAGAAAGCACAGGGAAUUUGGCUCCAAAACUCCUAAGCAUUUAUUCUGAUUCUUGA